UUGCUUUUCCUAUAUAUAUGUGAUCCAUUUUCAGCAUAAAAAUCCACCAAAUAUAUAUAUUGCCUUUUACACUCUUAUAUAUAUCUAUAUCUAUAUAUAUAUAUAUACUUAAGGAGAGAAGACAUGGCCACCGAUUUCAAGUCCAUCCCCAUAAUCGAUGUUAGUGCUCUGUUGGCCAAGUGUGACGAUCCAAAAAUGGGUGAAGAUGCUGGUGUUAUGGAAGUUGUUAAACAAUUAGAUCGAGCUUGUACUGAAGCAGGCUUUUUCUAUGUGAAAGGACAUGGUAUUCCUGACUCACUAUUGCAAGAAGUAAAAGAAAAAAGCCACAAAUUUUUUGAACUUCCAUAUGAAGAGAAAUCAAAGAUCAAGCUCACUGCAGCUGCUGGAUACAGAGGUUAUCAAAAGGUACUGGAGAACAUAACUAAAGGUGUGCCAGACAUGCAGGAAGCUAUUGAUUGCUAUAGAGAACUCAAACCAGGAGCUUAUGGAGAGGUUGGAAAAAUUUUGGAAGGACAAAACCAAUGGCCACUAAAUCCCCCAAAUUACAAGGAAAUGAUGGAGAAGUACAUCAAUCUGUGUACAGAUCUUUCAAGAAACAUAAUGCGUGGAAUUGCUUUGGCUUUGGGUGGAUCACCAUACGAAUUCGAAGGCGAUAGAGCUGGAGACGCAUUUUGGGUAGUUAGAAUCCUUGGCUAUCCAAGAAAACCCUCAGAAAAUGGUGUAAACGACAUUGGAUGUGGAGCUCACACUGACUAUGGUUUAUUGACACUGCUUAAUCAAGAGGAUGGUAUAAAUGCACUUGAGGUAAAAAACUUGUCUGGAAAAUGGAUAUCAGCUCCACCUGUUCCUGGAGCAUUUGUUUGCAAUAUUGGUGACAUGUUAAAGAUUUACUCAAAUGGCUUGUACGAGUCAACUCUACAUCGAGUUAUCAACAACUCAGACAGAUACAGAGUCUCUGUGGCAUAUUUUUAUGAGACCAAUUUCCAUACUGCUGUUGAGCCUUUGGAUGUUUGCAAACUGAGGAGUGGUAAGGUUGACCAAGAUGAGGCUGAUAAGAAAGUAGAGAGAGCUGUUUAUGGAGAGCAUUUGGUUGGAAAAGUCCUCACAAAUUUUGUGUUCUAAGAUCAGCUCAAGACAUUUGAGCCUAAUCUCUAUCUGUAAUAUCAGUUGGAAUAAUUGGUGAAAAUGACAUUUUCGUUUAGGUUAUUUUACACUCUGGCCUAAUUUUAAUAUUUUUUUUGCCAAAUGUCAUCUGUCUAAAAUUUCGACCAGCUGUCUGAAAAAUUUCGACUAGUUGUUUGGAGUGCCGGAUGUCAUUUUGCAAAAAAAAUUCAAAACCAGGCCAGAGUACCAAAUAACUUUAAAAAAUAAGUCAUUUUACCGAGGGACCCUGUUAGUUUUCUCAUAAGUCUUCUAAUAAAUACACAGUUAGAGUAGCUCAAACUAUCAAACAUGUAAUGUUAUCCUAUAAAGGGCCAAAUUAAUCUUCCAAUAAAUGUACUCAAAUAUGCCCAUAUUUUAAAGUAAAGGUUAAGAAACUUGGUAGUCAUGAA